AUGGCUUCAAACGCGGGCAGCCGCUCCGAACACCACGAGGAUGUUGAUGCCUCCGAUGCCAACACAUCAAAUAAGCAAGGCGUAACACGUACCAUGCUUUUCUUCACCAUUUGGAUUGCCUUCGCUUCAUGGAUAUCCAACUUUGACAAUGGGUACGCUGGCACCGUCAUCACAAUGCCUGCCUUCAAAAGCGCUUUUGGAUCCUGCGAGACGACCAUUGACGCGGCCACCGGGGCCCCCACCACAACAUGCACCUUGUCAGCGAUGAAACAGUCUUUGAUCAACUUGGCCAGUCUUUUCAUGGGCGUCGGCGGAGUCCUGUCCGGCCCGACAGGUUAUUAUCUUGGCCGCCGUGGGACCGUCGCAUUCGCCUCUGCGCUGAGCGUUGUGGGUGCUGCCGGUAUGCUGGGGACCUCUGGAAGCUACAUCAACUACAUGGUCUGCAGAUGUAUCAGUUCUGUGGGUCUUGGCCAAAUGCUGGCGGCGACAAGCAUUUAUGGGGCGGAGUGCGUUGCCGCGAACAGGAGAGGUGUUUUGCUCGGUCUGUUCAAUGUCGGUCUAGCAAUGGGUAACGUUGCUGCUACGGCCGUAUGCGCAGGCUCCGCAACUCUCGAUCCGAGCAAUAACUGGCAGUGGCAGACGCCGGUCAUAUGUCAAAUUCCUUUAGGAAUUCUCCUUGGAACAGGCAUAUGGAUGUUUCCCGAAUCACCUCGAUGGCUGAUGACAAAGGGGAAUGAGGAAGCUGCGCGCAAGUCUUUCGGCAGGUUUUAUGGUAAGCCAGCUUAUUCACAGCAGAUCACGACGCAGAUCAACGACGUCUUGAGACAUUUAGAGUCCGAACGAGCUCUGGGCUCGACAACAUCCUGGACAGAGAUAUUUCAUCGCGCCGAUAUUCGCCGUACAUCGGUGUCUGCUCUGAUCCUGGUGGGCUUAGCCAUCAGUGGUAUACAGUUUGUGGCACCAUAUACGGCAUUGUUCCUCCAGGGUGUGGGAGUCUCCAACUUUUAUGUCAUAAACGUCAUCAUUGGAGUCUCCAUCCUUGCCGGGGCCUCAAUUGGUUCUUGGACUGUUGAGUAUGGUGGCAGACGAUUCUCUUUGAUUCUGGGCUACUCGAUACUGUCUGUAUGCAUGCUCAUCGUCGGGGCCGUUGGCACGGCCUUGGACCAGAGCAAUCCUAUCGCGCAGAAAGUCUUAGUGGCGUUCCUCUGCAUCUGGGCAUUCGUCUUCGGGGGUUUUAUUGGACCCUGCGUGUGGCUAGCCUCAGCUGAGAUGCAUUCUGUCCGACUACGAACUUACGGUCAAGCCAACACUACCUUAUUCUACGAGAUCUUCGCCUUCGGGUCGUCUUUCUGGACACCUUAUAUGCUGAGCGCAGAUUAUGGUAAUAUGGGAACGAAUGUGGGAUAUUUCCAUUUUGGUGUGUCGGCGGUCCUUGCCGUUCUCAUGUUUCUCUUCGUUCCUGAGACAGCGAGGCUCACCCUCGAACAAAUCGAUGAGUACUUCACAUCCGGUCGGAAAGCGUGGCACACAUCAACCAGAAGAAAUAAGCUUAUUGCAAGUGGUACAGAGUCGGACACUGGUGUACUUGGAACCGAGCUUGAGCAAGCUAAGGCCUGA